UCAAGGCCAUUCGCUAGACGCCAUUGGAGACCAACAUUUUUAUUUGGGACUCUUCUUACCUCGAUUUUACAACCGUUUACACAAUAUAAAUCAGGAUGCCGUUCAUCAAGUUAAAAAGUUUAGAUUCUGAGAUCUUCGAGGUGGAUGUAGAAAUUGCCAAGCAGUCGGUCACAAUCAAAACCAUGUUAGAAGAUCUUGGUGUGGAUGAAAACGAUGAUGACCCUGUACCCCUUCCAAACGUGAAUGCGGCCGUCCUGCGUAAGGUGCUCCAGUACUGCACCUACCACAAGGAUGAUCCACCACCACCAGAAGAUGAUGAGAACAAGGAGAAGAGAACAGACGAUAUCAUGUCUUGGGAUCAGGACUUCCUCAAAACAGACCAGGGCACACUGUUUGAAUUAAUUCUAGCUGCUAAUUACCUUGAUAUCAAAGGCCUUCUGGACGUGACCUGUAAGACUGUGGCCAACAUGAUCAAGGGCAAGACACCUGAGGAAAUUAGGAAAACAUUUAACAUCAAGAAUGAUUUCACACCUGGUGAAGAAGAACAGGUUCGGAAAGAAAACGAAUGGUGUGAGGAGAAGUAGACAGACCAUCAAAAUGUACAGAAAUCAGCCACUAGGAGGCGUUUUGUAAUAAUCGGUAGUGAACGAACUGUAGCUACGUCUCCACCUGUGGAGGAAGAACUUUGGCCCCAUUUCGUGAUGAACUGAGUGUUUUGCUGGGAGACUGACAAGUUUGACUGUGCCCCAGAGAUGAGGCUGCAAAGAACUGUGUGAAACGAUGGAACGACUUGCGUAUCACAUGGCCAGAUUUCAUCCCAAAUAAUUACAACUUCUGCCUCACAUCUUGCAGAAAAAAAGUUCUCGUAUUUCUGGGACUGUUCUGGUAAAGAUAUUGGCACUAAGUCAGAUCAGAGUGAUAGAGUGAAUUGAAAUUACAGAUUUUGAUAUGAACCACUUGAGUUUGCAGUAAUCGGAUUCAAGUGAUCUUCUCAUGUAUUGGAAGGAUAGACAAGGUGCAAGUUUAAACAGGUUUGGAAAGCGCUCUUUGGAAAUCUCUGGGGAAAAAUCAGAAAAAUUUGUGACUCUUUAAGAGCUGACUUUAUUUAUUUGAGGAUUUUAUGUUUUUGAUGUUUGUUUAGCUGCACACAGCAAUGAAGUUGUUACAAGUUUGAGUCGGUCUAGCAACAUAUUGAACAUCUUGACUCAUUCAGAAAUAUGUUUGCUUGACAUCUCCAAAGUUAUUGUAAAAAGAAUAUUUUGGUUGGUUUUUGAGUGGGGGUGUCCUUUUUAUUCUGAAACAACAUGCUUUGGAUAUCAAACCUCCUCCAUUGCAACUCCUACCCUCUGUGUUGUCGUAUAUAAACAUCCUAUUAUUUCACCCAUCCCCUUGUACAGAACCAUUGAGGCAUUGGGCUCCUGUUAAAUUGUAGAUCUGUAUUGUGUUUGUUGUAGUUGACAUGUCCUGGAACAAGUGUGGCAUCCCCCAGAUGUAUGCAUUGCACAAGCUAACUCUCUUGUAAUAUCCGAACCUGGUAGCGUAUGAAACAGUCUGGUAAUCCUACAUGAUUUGUAACUCCGGGCCUGAAAUAAGCUCCAGAUCAAUCGCAGAUAUGCACCUGUGUGCAUGUAGACAUCUGGAAAUGUACGGACGACCAAAUUUGGACAUUUCAGUCACUUUAUCUUCAUGAUAACAAUGUACCAGGGAUAGUUUGUUGCAUAUCACACUUUUCUGAGCACUCAAGUCAAUGUCAGUAGAAAUAACCGAGUUGUUGUACACUCCUGUCAUUGUCUUGUCUAUUUAUGUUCAUUUCAAUAAUUACAUUAAAAUCCUUGUAUCAUUUGA